ACUUCCAGUUCCAGCACGAAUCCUCGUCCAAUCCACGCCUGCUGCUCGCGAGCCAUCGCCACAGUGCUGGCCUGGCCAUGCCUGGAGCCGUUGCGCUUGCGCCCACGUUCGCGGCAGCGAGCAGCUCCGCCGCCGCGGCCUCCACGCUGGCUCCGAACCCGACAAGCCGAGGCGACCCGCUAAUUAUUAGGUUGUGCCGCAAUGCUCCUGCUAGCGCAACUCCACUUGUUCCACUUGUAGCCACCCGUCGCUACGUGCGUGGCUGCCGCGGCGCGGCUCUAGUGGCCAGUCCCCACCACGCUCCAAACCCUCGCCUCCGAUUCGCGUCUGCGGCAGAGGGGAUGGCUGCGGAAGCGAGCACGGCGGGUGCGGCGUCGGCAGCCGAGGCGAAGCCCUUCGCCGUCCUCUUCGUGUGCCUCGGGAAUAUUUGCCGGAGUCCUGCGGCUGAAGCUGUGUUUCGGACCCUCGUAAGCAAGCGUGGGCUUGACUCCAAGUUUCUCAUAGACUCUGCUGGUACCAUCGGGUAUCAUGAGGGUAAUAAGGCAGACUCAAGGAUGAGAGCAGCUUCAAAAAAGCGGGGGAUUGAGGUCACAUCAAUAUCCAGGCCUAUCAAACCCUCGGAUUUUCGUGAUUUUGAUCUUAUCCUUGCAAUGGACAGGCAGAACUAUGAAGAUAUAUUGAACUCGUUUGAGAGAUGGAGACGCAAAGAGCCCCUCCCUGAUAGUGCACCCAAUAAGGUUAAGCUGAUGUGCUCCUACUGCAAACAACAUACUGAGUCUGAAGUUCCAGAUCCUUAUUAUGGAGGUCCUCAGGGAUUUGAAAAGGUGUUGGACUUAUUGGAAGAUGCUUGCGAGUCGCUGCUUGAUAGUAUCGUCGCAAACAAUGCAAGCAUUUCUGGGUGACAUCGAUGUAAAUCUCCACAUAGACAUCUAUUUUCAGACGCACCGGCUGUAGCAUCCAUGCACAACCGGAGUAAUUUGGUUGCUAAUGCAACAUUGAUCAUGUCGUUAUUACCCAGGUCUUGGUCUGGUUUGUAUAUACCACCAUCCUUAUACCUGGUUAUGUGAUAAGUGACAAAAAAACUGCUCAUCAUCACUUUUUUCCACUAAAGAUAAUCAGAAACAAUCAGAAUGACUGACAAAGCAUGCUUAUGUCCAUUUGAAACUUACUAUUUUCGCAUAAGGCAUACUCGGUUCCUCAGGAACCAUGCUUGGAACAAUUGUUUGACUAAUUUAUAUGACAUUUGAUAAGCUG